GGUUUUCGGUGACGUCGGUAUGUGAACAUAUUGUGACACGGCUCGUUGGUAUCGUGGCUGUUUGCAAAUCUCCCCACGUUUAGAAGUUUGUAUGUUCAUCACAGUAACACAAGGAAUGCGUGUCGCCGAGAAAAGGGGGGCAACAAGCCGUCCAACGAUUAUUCAACGAUUUAUCGUAAUUCAUGCAGUGGAGGAUGUGAUACUUGUCAAGAAGAAAUAUUUCGUGUCACAUCCCAGAUAGUUCUCGAUGAUCGAGUUUUCGUACAGUUCACAAGAUACAUACUACCCUACAUCGACUCGGAUGACCCAGUGGCCGAGCAAUGGAUCGACCAACUGGAGAAGUUGUCUCAGACAUCCCCGAGCCAAAUCGAGACCCGUUUCUGACAUCUCAGAAGGAACACGCAGUCACUGAGACUCAAGCCGAGUAAGCGAAACAUAGCUGAAACCAAGACAUACAGAGUCCCGUUGCCAACAUGUCAACUCUCACGACUCUCGUCAAACAUGGUGAACCGCGUUGCGUCUGAGAGCCUCGCAUCGCCUCCGGGAGCGGAUCUGUUGGUCCGUGAGACCCUUGAUGCUAGUCCAGGCUGUCCACUCAGCCCGCCUCUUUACUCUUCUCGUGUAACUCACGUCGUGAACCUGAGCGAGCAUAGCAUGAGGCUACGAGCAUGAACAUGAGCAUGACAAGCCUCAAUCAUUCAUCAGGGAUCGUGCCGAUUAAGUCAUCGGCUUGUUCAAGGGAUCGCUCGGAUUCUCGGCGACCCACGACUAGCACGACUUUGGCCAGUAGUAGCAUGAGGCAUUGGAAUCGGAUCGUCUGGUCUGUUGCAAGGUGCGCCGUGGCGUUGGUACAAACUUUGGCUUCCCAUCCCAUCCAUUUCUUACCAGUACACUUUUCAUUCACAGAACCAACCAACCAACCAACCCCUUUUUCCUUUUGACAAUCAUUACAAUUCGAUUCCAUUCACUAUAUUCUUUUUGUUGAGCUUCCAGUCAAGCUGUCGUAUCACUCACUGACGUGUAUUGAUUUUAUUUAAUUAACCUAAUUUGUUAAUUGCUGUGCAAAUCAUCUUCAACCACCUCUUUUUGUCCUUUGUUUACUUUCGUACUUUCAUCCCAUGUACUUGUCACCAACGGCUUCGCCCUUCACCAACGUCCGAGUAUAAUCCCCCCAAGCUACUCCGUAUAUCCAAGACAUUAUAGAUCAACUUAUUUCCCCGCUCCUUCCAAUUGUCUCACUUAUUUUCUGAUAUUCACCUCCUUAUACCCUCUUUUGAUUUGCUGUUGGUCCUCCUUUUUCAAGCAACAGUCAGCCCCAGUCAGCCCCAAAAACCAAUUCCCAGCCUCCGCCCACUAGCUUUACUGCUGUGCGUUCUAACUUCCAAGCUUCGCUCCCCACCCUCACAGGCCAUUAUAGGCUACCACAGGCUGCCUACAGAACCCAGCCGAUCCACACUAGUCCGUGGCUUCCUUCGCCGACAACAGGCCGCCACUUCCCUCGUGAAUCGGAUGCUCACUAACAACUUGCCCACGCCGACCAAUCUCUCUUCAACUCUCUACGACCCAACCUCUUGCUCUCUACCUGGGCUUUGUCAUUGACGUUAUCGUACCGCACCACAUCGCAUUCAUAUUUGUCGGCAGCAUCACCGCCGACUCGACACUUUUGCUUUAUCUCGUAUUAUCGCGUUACUAUACUACACUCACUCACUCGCUUUGCAUCGGAUACCCCCGCGGUGCUACUGCUACUGUAACUACGACCCUCCAAGGGACCUUUGUCCGUCGACAUUAGAGAGCCGUAUCCACCUGUGUUAAUACCCAGGGUCCGACAGCAAAGUCGACAUCAUCUGUUCCAGAUUGUCGGAUUUGUUCAGUAUUUUCUGACCGCAACUGCUUUUUCACCAAAUCAAUAUAUAGCCAGUGAUAAAAAUGUUUGCUGUUCAGAAUGCUGGCUUCGAUCAGCGGAAACGAGCCCGUGAAGAGGAAGAACUCGCUCAUGCCAACGGCAUGAGCUUCAGUGAGCACCGCAACAAACGUAUCCAGUGCCUUCCACUCCGUGCAUAUCCCAGAACGACACAAUGGCAGUCUGAUGCGCCUAUGCCGGCCCCGAGCUUCGCCCCCCACGAUCACCUUCAGCCUGAAAUUCGACAAUGGUCAUCAUCAACGAACAUGACAUCACAGUCCCAUGGGGACACCGACAUGGAUAUGAUGCAGACAUAUCAACCUCAACAUCAUGAGCCGGGCCGACUUGGGGUGAUGCACCAAGACUCUGACAACGCAAACGGGCGUCUGCCUACGCCUAUUCAGCCAAACUUCGCUGCACAGGUUCGAGGUCAACAGGCUGUGACAACUCCUAACGGUGUUGCAAACCUAGGUCACCAAAACACCGGCUUUGGCGAUGAUCAGAGUGUCCCUCGCACAAUGGCCGGAGGAUGGCAAGCCAUUCAGAACGAACGACGCCUUCCCUCACCCAUUUCUGAAGGUGAUGAUUCUAUGGCCUGCCAACCCAUCACCCCCACCGGCAUGCAGUUUGAUGCCAGUGCCCAAGGUUUUGUCACCCCCGGUAUGGAACACCCCAAUGUGACCGUUGAGCCAUCACCUCCCCAUGAUGUGGAACAUCCUAUGAUGGAUGUGGAAUCCCACUGCUCGGGCAAUUCAGUUGACGGUGAUGGUGAUCCCACAACUCCUUCCCCCAGGAGAGGUCAUAUUCGCAGCCGACACACCGUCAACAACUGGACAUGGCAGCCCGGCAUGAAGAAGAGCUUCAGCAUAGGAUACCGAGCAGACUGCGAAAAGUGCCGCUUAAAGGUUCCAGGACACUUCAACCACAUCAUUGUUUCUUAGGGAAAGGGGAAGAUUAUACUAGAUCCUGUCAAACAACCUUCACUAUAGGAGAGCGGUGUGAGGCCGCUUGAUUGGAGAAAGAAACGACAGAGGCGAAAACUUGCUCUUGGUGAUUUCGUUUCGGGGGAAUUGGUUACAUCGGCGAAAGGGAGAAUAGCAGUCUCAGGCUUUGUGCAACAUCGAGAGGAGAUGCAAACGCCUUGAUAGCUCGCUCAGACUAUCACAAACGGCCAUAGUUCAGGCAUGGCCGGACUUUGAGGAGAUGAACUGGAAUCUGCCAGUUCAAGACGAUCUUUUAUUUUUUCCUUCCUUUUCAAUUUUUUGUUUUGUUUCCUUGGCGUUAUAGGCAAUGGCAAGCGGGCGGGUAUGGAUAGCAUUUGGUCAUAACGGGUAUACAUUGAGCACCCUGGAAAUAGGGAAUCGGAAGUUAGCGAUACGAUCUUGAGAUCGUCAGGUAUGCAUGACAAUACCAGAAUAGCGAUAAUGUCAAUUUGAGUAAUGGGGACAUCACCUUCUCACCCAUCUUGAAGAACCCAGUCAGUGACGCUUGUUUGAUCGCUUGGUAUUGAAUAGAUAUGGUAAGUAGACUUGUUCCAUGAUGGU